AUGCGACAGGCCCUCGUCACCGCGCUCAGUGCGCUUACGCCGGUCUCCCUCCUCACCAUCGAAAGCCUGUACCCGCACCCACCCCUUAACCCAUCCCUGCCGGGAAAGUGGUACAUGUUGCCGACGGGUCGUACCAAGUUUGUGAUACCGUGCGACGGCACGCUUGCACUGCUCAACGCUGCACCCCUACUCAUGUUGCUGGCGGUGCACGUGGACGUGGACGAUUACAACAAGCUCCCCCCGCCGUUGAAACUCACGAUGAACACACCCUUUCGGGUGAAGAAGGGACAGACGCUCGCCUUUCGUCUUCUGCAGGAGUCGCCCACAGCACAUAUGGACGAUUACCAUUUGUACCUUCGCUUCGAGUAUCGUAUGGCGCUUCCGCUCACGCCGCCGCUGAACACACGUGCGUUGUAG